AUGGACACCAACAGAGCCAAGCAGCUCGACACAGGCUAUCGGGCCAUGCCGGAGGAGUUCUACUUCGAGAGCCAAUUGCCUGUCGUGACACCCGAGAACCUGGAGAGCUGGAUGGAGCACAUGAGCAUCUACCAUGUGGACGUGCAGGAGCGCAUGUCCGGCAGCAGCAGGUUCUCUCGACGAGCUUCACUGCAGGGUCUCAUGGUUGGCUUUCCUGUGGACUAUCGAUACGGCUGGGACAUGUCUGACAGACACCACCAGAGGCUGCUGAGCACCUUUCGCGGCAAGUGCCACAUCGGCACAACCUUGUGGGCACCUACCUGUCAGCCAUGGUCUAUCGCCAGCAGGCACAAGGAUCCGGCUUCUCUGGAAAGCGAGAGAAGAUCACAGGCACCAGCUAUCAUCUUCAUGCUGAAUGACAUUAAACAGACAGCGGACACCGAGCAGCAGCAUAUCGUUGAGAAUCCACACAACAGCGAUUUCUGGAGCAAGUCUGACUACACAGGCGUGGUCGACAUGAACAUCAUGAGGAGCUACGCAGCAGACCAGUGCUCAUUCGGCGCGACCAACGAGCUCGGUGAACCAACUCGGAAACGGACACGACUGGAUUUUACAUUUUCCCUGAGAGCGAGCACACGACAUUGCAGAUGCAAGAUACCUCAUGGACACUUGACUGGUGCAGUCGACGGCAUCAAGCGCACAGCCAAGGCGGCAGUCUAUCCAAAGAAUUUCUGUGACGCUAUUGUGAAGGACAUCAUCAGGAUCGUGAGGCACCAGAUUCACUGGGGGUGCGAGAGGUGUCGGCUCGGCAACAAGACGGACUCGGAUCAUACUCGCAAGCCGGGCAACUGCAGGAGGCGGAUCACGAGCAAGCAGAGGGUGGAGGAGCCAGAGAUUGCUAUGAAGAAGUGGUACGACGUCAAGCCCAACUUCGAUCUCAGCAAGAUGGUCUCUCGCCUGAAGGAGGCUACCGACAAGAAGGAGAUCUUACGGUUGCUGCUGGGUUUUCACAUCAGGUUUUGGCACGCUCCCGUGCCGGACAUGAUCAUAUUCCUCAAGAGUGCAGAAUGCUGGAACAAGACGCUGGCCGCAGUCAUCACAAUGGUCUGUCUGGCCUGUUCUGUGUGCAGGGACUUGGCCAGACCUCUUACAAAACCACGAGCUGGAAUCACAAUACCAUUACGUUUCAACCACAGAGUUCAGCUAGACUUGUUCUUCAUGUGGGACAAGGUGUGGCUUCUGGUCAUAGACGAACUGUCCAGAUACAAAGUGGCGGACAUCGUCGCAGAUCGCACGCCCAAGGAGCUACUGACUACCUUGAUGAGGUCAUGGAUCAGAUAUUUCGGGCCCAUGCAGAUCAUGGUUCUGGACCAGGAAGGCGGCCUCGUCUCAGAGCUGUCUUCCCGAACAUGCGACAAGCUGAACAUCAAGCGACGAUAUGCCGGCACUGACGACCACACGAUGACCGGUCUAGUGGAACGUUGGAUUCAGCUGGUUCGACUCUGUGCCAUGAAGCUCAAGCGCACAUGCACCACGCAGGGGUUCGAGGUCUCGGACACGGACUUAGUUCAGGAGGCGGCCAUGGUUUCCAACAGCAUGGUCAGCUACGGAGGUCAGACGGCGACGCAAGUGGUCUUGGGCUUCACACCCAAUGACUACUACGACCUCGAGGCCACCACGUUGGACUCCGUGCAGAGCGCCGACGUGAGCUGCCCCGAUCCGUUCGAGGCAGCUGUCAGGCUUCGUCUUCUUGCGAAGGCAGAGAUGGCACGAGCGAUCGUUGAGGACAGAGUUGCACGAGCUAACAGGACACGCGUUCAACAACACGGACCCGAACAGGAGCUGAAGGUCGGGGAGUCCGUUGACAUCUACAGAGUACCAGAUCGCAAAGAUCAGCCAGGCUGGCGUGGCCCGGCUGAGCUCGUCAAGAUCUCGGAGGGCACGGCAAUAGUUGUCUGGAACGGAGUACCUUGCAUUCUGCCGGUGCGGUACCUCAGGAGGCAUCUGGUCGGCUUCCUAACGUAUCAGGCAACCAAUAUCUCCGAGCUCAAGACAGGCGACCAGCAGAUGCUCAACACUUUGGGCAAAUUGAUGGACAUCGUGGACGGCAGCAUCUAUGGACAAGUGACACGGCUUGGCAGGACAAUCACUCAGGAUGGCCAAGUCAAGUGCUCACCUGAUGCCAAGACACUGGUAAAUCUUCAGCCCUGGAAGUUGAGCAUGAUGACGUACAGAACGAUUUUCCACCUCAAGAGCCUGGACGGCAUAUUGUACGGCACGUCGCUGCGCAGGGUACCACCACUGCAUGCAGUUCGGUUCGGCCUACUUGUCUUGUGGGAACGAAAGGAUCGCACCAAUUACAUGACCUACGAGAUCGACCCGAGCAUGGGCGUGACAGUUGGCAGUCUGGCAAGUUUCAAGUGGGAGAAUACCUCGUUCAUGAUGUACUAUUCAAUACCAUCACAAUCGGAACCCUUCUUGGACGAGCACCACUUGCCAGACAUGAAUGAUCUUUCUCGCAUUGAGCCAGUACCCGAAUCGACGAUCGACGUGAACCGUGACGUUCAUGACAUGAUAAGCCUACUUCCCGACUUGGACGACUGGAUGGAUCAGGACGCCAUAGCCGACACACAGCCAACGGAGAAGAGUCAGCUUGAUCAGGCCACAGUCGACAGUCCUGGAGCAACACGGCACAAUAUCGACACCGGCAUCUACAGCAUCACAGACGAGACCGACACAGAUGACCUCGGCACC